AUGUCUUCCCCAGGCGGCGCGUCGCCUCAGGCACCGAAGCGGGCGGCGGCGGCUGUGGGGGACGACGUCGCGUUUGUGUUUCCAGAGGGCGGCGGCUACGACGACGACUGCGCCUGCACUGACGCUGAGGACGUGUUGGAUGACCAGGCCUCGCAGCAGACGCUCGCCAAGUACGCCGCUUCCGUUCAUGCGGCGCGGCGCGGCGCGCUGACGGCGCUGCCGUUUGACGAAUCUGAGGCACCCAACUGCGCGCCGGACGCAGCCGCAGCGACGGCGGCCGACGCGGCAAUCCUCCGCGACGUCUUUGCGAGCCACCCACUGCUUCGCCUCCUCGACGCGGCGGCGCGUGCGGCGUUGAUGCGGGCGACGGUGCGGGAGGAGGUUGCGCCGGGCGGCCUCGUCGCCCCGCCGCUGGAGAUGAACACGAGUUUUGUGAUUGUCACCCACGGCAGCGUCUACGCCACGCCGAACGAGGCCGCCGAGCGCAUCUCGGCGAUGGAGCAGCUGCUGCAGAGCGCCGCCCCCGCCAGUCCCUCGGAGGGGUGCGAGCGACACGCGGAGGGGAGCCGCAGCAGCGCUGGUGACGCGAGCAAAGUUGCUGGAGGCCCGCACCUCCCCGGUGAGACCUUCUUUCCCGUCAACCUGCUGUAUGCAACACGGCCGUCGCACGUCUUAAGGGCCGGCGACGACGGGGCAACCAUCUGCCGGCUGUACAUGCAGAGCUUCAAGUGUCUCUUGUCGAAGCCGCGUACGCCGCCGCAGGACGCAGCGGCGACACCCGCGAACGAUGCGGGUCUUCCUGGCCCGCAGGGGGACGCCGCUGCGGGUGCCUCGGUGAGCACGCGGGAGGCCUCGCAGCACGCACAGAUGGAUUUCUAUGUCUUUCCAGUGGAUGGGGACGCUCCCGGCCCCGCGCUGGAGCUGCCACGCGCGCCGCAGGAGGAGCUGGACGCGGAGGGGACACAAGAGCUCUGCCGGCGGGCGCGGGAAAAGAAGCGCCGGCCCGCGGUUGUGGGCGAGUCUGUGUGGCGCAACGACGUCUUCUGCCCUAGUCUCCGUGAGAAGCCAGCCGAAGAGCGUGUGAUGCUUCACCAGAUGGUGCGCCGUCUGCCGCUCUUCGCCUCUCUGCCGGAGCAGUACGUGGAGUUCAUUGUGGACGCCUUUGAACGGCGCGUGUUCCCCCCGGGUGCCUCGAUCACCGCCGCUGAUGGCGGGCUGAGCCACGAGUUUCAUUGGGUCGAGCGUGGCCGUGUCGUGUGCGGCGCCGGGCCAACGCGUGCGACCCAAAACGGCGGCGGCCCCGAGGCGGCCCCCACGUGUUCCUCGCAAUGCUCCCACGCCGACACGAACGGCGGCGGCAACGGUGUGCGUGGGGAGACGCUUGCGUGGCAGGCCGGGGACAUCGUUUCUCCACACCGUUUACUCUUCAUGUACAAUGAUAACGUCGAUGCGGCACCGGCGCGCUAUGCCGCGGCCGAAGAGAGCGGUGAGGUGGUGCUGUGGACGCUGCGCCGGGUCGUGCUGAAGCGCAUCCUCAUGACGGCCACGCUGCGUGAGCAGCAGCGGCUGCUCAGCAUCGUUGACGGGGUGGGUCUCUUUGGCGCGCUCUCCAGCGUGGAGAGGCUGCGGCUGACGGACGCCCUCGUUCCCACGGCGUACGCCCCCGGCAGCUGCCUCCUGCGGGUGGGCAGCACCCCCGACGGCGUCUUCCUCAUCGACACCGGCACGGUGGAGGCGCAGCGGGCGACGGGUGGCGGCACCGUGGCGCACGUGCGGUUUCUCGGCCGCAAGUCGUGCGUGGGCGCGAUGGAGGUGUUCACCGUGUCGCGCUCGCCGUUUGAUUACGUCGCCUACUCCCACGUCAGCGGCUACCGGCUGCGGUGCGAGGACAUGGCCCGGUUGCUCCCGCACUCCGCCCUGCUGCGCAUCGCCAACGGCUGGUGCGUGGGGGAGGGCGCGCGGCAGGGCGAGGAGCUGCGGUCGCUGGAGCGGCUGCGGCAGGAGCAGCGCGACGCCGCCUCGGACUCGGGCUCGGAGGAGGGCUACACAGACGACAUGUGUCCCGUGGCGCUCAAGACGGCCGAAGACGAUGCCUUUCUGCACCGCUUUUUUACCAACGCAACGGCCUUCAGGGAGGCCUCUUCCAUGCAACGCGGCCUCGCCGUCGCCGCCUUCGAGCCGAAGCGAGAGCUGCCGUGCGGGUGCGUGCUGUACGCGGAGGACCCAACCGUGGCGAGUGAGGCGCGGCGGCGGCAGUGCAUGUACGUCAUCGCCGACGGCGCCGUCACGCUGUCGCAUGGCGGCGAAAUUAUUGCGACAUAUCGGCGGGGCCAGGCGGUUUCUGUGACGCCGCUGCUGCAGAAGCGUCGUGCCACGCCGGCGACGACGGCGACCGUCGCAAGUCCCACGUGCAGCCUCUACCAACUCGACCGCAAGCCCUUUCGCUGUCUGCUGAUGACGGCCUACCUGCGACACCUGCGCUCCUCGCGCGCGUUACUCUCCACCGCCCCGCUGGCGUCGCGGUUGGGCGACGCCGCCCUCACGGCCAUCAGCGACUGCGCCGUGGCACGCGUGUUCAUGCCCGGCGAGGUUGUGCUUGCCUGCGGUGCGGAGGCGCGACAGGUGGAGCUGCUGCUGGAGGGCACCGUGGACGUGGCGCUCUGGCGGGAUUCGGCGGAGGACACGAGGCUUCGCGUUGUCGCGGCGCUCGGCCCUACCGACGUCGUUGGGGGGCUCGACCUGCUGCGCAACUGCCCUUCGCGGGUGUGCUACCUCGCCACCGCGCGGGUCCGGACGCUUAGUGUCCCGGCGGAGGUCUUUCGCGACACCUGCCUUCGCUCCCCCGCGGUGCUAGAGUACAUGCGUGAGCUGCAGCGCUCCGGUCGCUACGCAUUUUGCCAGCGGGAGGCAGGUUAG